UGUGAACACGCUCAAAGAUGCCUUCCUCUAGACAAUGACUCGUGUAACAGUAUUUAUAAAUUAAAUUAACUCUGUCGCUAAGCAUGUAAUUAUUUAGAAAUUUAUAAUAGAUCUAGUAUAUUCUGCGUUGAAUUUAUAAAUAUAUGACGUUUCGAUGACGUCACAUGUUUAGCUUUAGCCAUGAGCCUUCCCACUUUUGAGAUCCACGUGACGCCCCUGGACUCAUUCGAAAGUCAACGCACAUCAAUUUACCGGUUAUUAAUAUUUACAACUAGUCAAUACAGCCCUGAAUACGCAGCCGCCGUAGAGCCAGGAUGGCGUUAUCUCCUCUUCCUAAAGGACGCUUCAACCUUGCUGCGACGCAUUGGUUUACUAGAAUUAAGGACGAGAUUCUCUAUGAAGAAUACGCAGUACUUCGUUCCGGUAUGGAGUGCUUCGUGCACGCGAGAGCGAUUACUGGUGUUAGUUUACUUGUCUACGACGAAAACAGGACAGAGGACAUAGAGAUGUGGCAAGAGUUUUUGCAACUGACCAGUCGAUUAAAGCGCAGGUUGUACAUAUCAAUCGGACCUUGGAUUGUACAAAACAUACUAGCUAAUAGAACCAUCUAUUUGACGGCCGUCGCUAGUAAUAAAGGCAAAGAACCUCCCGAGGAAGUUGAUUCGGACGAAGAAAAAUGUAGCAGGAUCGGAAAGGUCCGACAACAUCCCAUUCUUAUUCCAAGAAAAGGAUGGGACAGGCGUUUCUUUUACGAAUCGACGAGAAGAGACGAAAAAUCUGCCAUGGACGCAAAUAGUGAGGAACGCAAAAAGGGAAAAGUAGUAGUAGCAGCAGCAGAACAAGCACUAUUGGCGGAAGGAGGCGAAAAAUCUGCAUUGGAUACAACUGAACGGGAACGCAGAAAAGGAAAAGUUGUCGCCGAAGACGAACAACAAGCACUGUUGGCUCAAAGAGACGAAAAAGCUGCAAUGGACACAACUAAACGGGAACGCAAAAAAGGAAAAGUGCAAACAGAAGAAGAACAAGCACUGUUGGAAGAAAGAGGCGAAAAAGGUGCAACGGACACAACUAAAUGGGAACGCAAAAAAGAAAAAGUGGCAACAGAAGAAGAAGAACAAGCACUGUUGGCAGAAAGAGGCGAAAAAGCUGCAACGGACACAACUAAACGGGAACGCAAAAAAGGAAAAGUGCAAACAGAAGAAGAAGAACAAGCACUGUUGGCAGAAAGAGGCGAAAAAGCUGCAAUGGACACAACUAAAUGGGAACGCAAAAAAGGAAAAGUGCCAACAGAAGAGGAACAAGCACUGUUGGUAGAAAGAGGCGAAGAAGCUGCAAUGGACACAACUAAACGGGAACGCAAAACAGGAAAAGUGGCAACAGAAGAAGAAGAACAAGCACUGUUGGCAGAAAGAGGCGAAAAAGCUGCAACGGACACAACUAGACGGGAACGCAAAAAAGGAAAAGUGCAAACAGAAGAAGAAGAACAAGCACUGUUGGCAGCAACGGACACAACUAAACGGGAACGCAAAAAAGGAAAGGUGCCAACAGAAGAAGAAGAACAAGCACUGUUGGCAGAAAGAGGCGAAAAAGCUGCAAUGGACACAACUAAACGGGAACGCAAAAAAGGAAAAGUGGCAACAGAAGAAGAAAAACAAGCACUGUUGGCAGAAAGAGGCGAAAAAGCUGCAACGGACACAACUAGACGGGAACGCAAAAAAGGAAAAGUGCAAACAGAAGAAGAAGAACAAGCACUGUUGGCAGCAACGGACACAACUAAACGGGAACGCAAAAAAGGAAAAGUGCAAACAGAAGAAGAAGAACAAGCACUGUUGGCAGAAAGAGGCGAAAAAGCUGCAAUGGACACAACUAAACGGGAACGCAAAACAGGAAAAGUGGCAACAGAAGAAGAAGAACAAGCACUGUUGGCAGAAAGAGGCGAAAAAGCUGCAACGGACACAACUAAAUGGGAAAGCAAAAAAGAAAAAGUGGCAACAGAAGAAGAAGAACAAGCACUGUUGGCAGAAAGAGGCGAAAAAGCUGCAACGGACACAACUAAACGGGAACGCAGAAUAGGGAAAGUGCAAACAGAAGAAGAAGAACAAGCACUGUUGGCAGAAAGAGGCGAAAAAGCUGCAACGGACACAACUAAAUGGGAACGCAAAAAAGAAAAAGUGCAAGCAGAAGAAGAAGAACAAGCACUGUUGGCAGCAACGGACACAACUAAACGGGAACGCAAAAAAGGAAAGGUGCCAACAGAAGAAGAAGAACAAGCACUGUUGGCAGAAAGAGGCGAAAAAGCUGCAAUGGACACAACUAAACGGGAACGCAAAACAGGAAAAGUGGCAACAGAAGAAGAAGAACAAGCACUGUUGGCAGAAAGAGGCGAAAAAGCUGCAACGGACACAACUAGACGGGAACGCAAAAAAGGAAAAGUGCAAACAGAAGAAGAAGAACAAGCACUGUUGGCAGAAAGAGGCGAAAAAGCUGCAACGGACACAACUAGACGGGAACGCAAAAAAGGAAAAGUGCAAACAGAAGAAGAAGAACAAGCACUGUUGGCAGCAACGGACACAACUAAACGGGAACGCAAAAAAGGAAAAGUGCAAACAGAAGAAGAAGAACAAGCACUGUUGGCAGAAAGAGGCGAAAAAGCUGCAAUGGACACAACUAAACGGGAACGCAAAACAGGAAAAGUGGCAACAGAAGAAGAAGAACAAGCACUGUUGGCAGAAAGAGGCGAAAAAGCUGCAACGGACACAACUAAAUGGGAAAGCAAAAAAGAAAAAGUGGCAACAGAAGAAGAAGAACAAGCACUGUUGGCAGAAAGAGGCGAAAAAGCUGCAACGGACACAACUAAACGGGAACGCAGAAUAGGGAAAGUGCAAACAGAAGAAGAAGAACAAGCACUGUUGGCAGAAAGAGGCGAAAAAGCUGCAACGGACACAACUAAAUGGGAACGCAAAAAAGAAAAAGUGCAAGCAGAAGAAGAAGAACAAGCACUGUUGGCAGCAACGGACACAACUAAACGGAAACGCAAAAAAGGAAAAGUGCCAACAGAAGAAGAAGAACAAGCACUGUUGGCAGAAAGAGGCGAAAAAGGUGCAACGGACACAACUAGACGGGAACGCAAAAAAGGAAAAGUGCCAACAGAAGAAGAACAAGCACUGUUGGCAGAAAAAGCAGAAGCGGCAAAAACCACACCAACAAAUUAGAAAGCUGCAAAUGAAUGUUGAUUUAGAUUGGGUUGCGAUAAAAUGUACUACUAUGCAUGGGCAAAUGCAAUCAAACUAAUCAUUA